CAAAAGCGAACGGAGGCGCAUCGCAGGUUGCCUACCUUGCAGGCGCGGCGCGAUCUUUACUCUCGUCGGUUGGUUUGGUUUGAAUUUUGAGAUUCGUUUCGCGUAAAGUGCGUAAAAGUGCGUGUGAGAAAGAGGAAGACUUGUUGGAAGGGGCAGAAAAAGGCGGGAUUUUUGCGGUUUUCGCGGGAAAAUCGUCUAGGCAAGAUUUGUGUGAAAAUAGUUUUGCCCCGGUGGAUGAGGGCUCGUGUGGUAUUAUUUCGCGUGGUUUUUGUGGUUCUCGAGAAAACAAUUCGAUUGAAGUUUCUUGGUUGGGAUUGUUGCUUUCUGUUUUAAUUUUAUUUGCUGGUAAGUUGUAAAAAGUGUUUGCUUGAGAGCGCCAUGAUUGUGGAGAAAAUUGUGGAGUUCAGAAAGUAUUUGUGAGAUGAAAUAAGACCGCUCACCUGCCAAAACCACAAUGGCAGCCAGCAACCAACUCACCAUAAUGGGAAAACUCAUUAGUGUCAAUCCCAUUAGAAUGGUGGCGUUUGUCGUUCUCCUCCUGGUUGGAUCAUUUCCAAUUCCAUUAAUCACACCCAGUUCCGGGUACUCGUCCUCGGUGCGGACCGGCCACGUCCAGCAGCACAACACCCUCGAGAACGGGCUGCUGAUUGCGGCCAACGUUUCGGUCGGCCACCUGCGAAAGCACAAGUACUUUUACUACAUUCCAAGAAUCAGCAACUCCCCCCACAAACGCAAGCAGCGCAAUUCGUCCUCCUUCUCAAAAGCUGACAUCCUCGACUUCAGCCAGCAAAAAUCCCCGGACAAUGAGGAGGUCGUGGCAUUCCCACCGGAACCCCGUCGAAUACGUCACAUUCCCAAGGCAAACGGCGUUGGCGCCCCCCUGGAGCAACCCCUUGCGCCGCCCCUGGCCUCUUCGAAAGGGACGUCGAAAUCUGGCCAGCAGCAGCAGAAAUUCCAACGCUAUUACAUCUACAGUGCUGCCCCCAGAAUGAGGGAUGAACUUCCACCAGGGAUUCCCGAGAAGAACUUGGUGUUUAGGAAUAUUGGGUCAAAGUCACCCCAGCGACGGGCGUUUAACGGAUCAGCGGAAGAGGACGUUGCAUUCAGGAAGGUUAAGAAACGAAGUGCGGCCGAUGACAUGUUGAGCAAGAAUAUUACACAGAUUUUGGAGAAUUUGCUGAAGAGUUACGAAAAUUCGCAGAUGCCGACGCAUGGUCAAGGGAUUCCAACGGUGGUGAAAACAAACAUCCUUAUACGGAGCAUGGGACCGGUGUCGGAACUUGAUAUGGACUACUCCAUGGACUGCUACUUCCGGCAGUACUGGCGCGACAAACGGCUCAGCUUCCACGGCCCCAUAAAGAGCCUCUCCCUCUCGAUCAAAAUGCUCGAACGAAUCUGGCGCCCGGACACGUACUUUUACAACGGCAAACACUCGCACGUGCACACCAUCACGGUGCCAAAUAAGCUUCUUAGACUGAGUCAGGACGGGGAGAUCCUGUACUCGAUGCGGCUCACCAUCAAGGCGGGCUGUUUGAUGCAGCUGCAGAGCUUCCCGAUGGACCGGCAGUCGUGUCCGCUGGUUCUCGGAAGUUACGCCUACUCUCGCCAGCAGCUGAUCUACCAGUGGCAAACGGACGAUUCGGUCAACUUCGUUCCCGGGCUGUCACUGAGUCAGUUUGAUCUGAUCAGCUUCCACCAGAAGAAUUACACUUUUGCCAGGAGGGAGGGCGAGUUUUCCGUCCUGCACGUGUCCUUCAACCUGCAGAGGCACACCGGCUACUUCCUGAUCCAGGUGUACGUUCCGUGCAUUCUGAUUGUGGUUCUGUCGUGGGUUUCCUUCUGGAUCCAUCGGGAGGCUACGAGCGAUCGGGUUGGGCUGGGGAUCACCACGGUGCUGACGCUGUCGACGAUCAGUUUGGACUCGAGGACGGAUUUGCCGAAGGUGAGGUACGCGACGGCGCUGGACUGGUUCCUGCUGAUGAACUUUAUCUACUGCAUCGCGACGCUGCUGGAGUUUGCCGGGGUGCACUACUUUACGAAGGUGGGCAGCGGUGAAAUCCCCCUCGACGAGGACGAGUGGGAGGACAUUGACAACUCGGUCGAGAUCGGCCUCGGCAUCAGCUCCAACAGCAGCACCGGUGGUGGUCCGAUAAUCCGUUCCCGGGCGGCCUCCAUCCACGACUCGCCCCAACGGCUGAUGGCGGCCCGCCGCCGCAGUUCGCUGAUUUGUCCGAUUUACAACGAUCCGCAGCACAUGUUCAAGCCCACGACGUCGCACCUGUCCACGAUGGAGCGGACCACGCAGACGGAACCGCCGAAGGAGCCCCGCUGGAAGCAGCUGUGGCUGUGCUUUUUGGGCGAUGACCAGUUUCGGCGGAGGCGGCAGAGGGAGGCCACCGGGCGGGGUGGAGCGAGCCGCCACGUCAACAGUGUCUCGCUGAUCGACCAGGCCGCCCGCGUCCUCUUUCCGGCCUCGUUCACCUUCUUCAACGUGCUGUACUGGCUGUGCUACUACACCUACCAGGCGGACUUUACCUGGGCACCGCUCAAGGAGAGUUAAGUCGAUAUAAAUGAUUAAAAACACAGAGCGAAUAAUGAUGGAGAGAGGAGAGCGUGGAAAUUGUCUCUCUCAAGUUUGAUUGCAUUUUUGUACGGUCGUUUUGCGCUCUCUUUCGCUGUCUCUCAAUUCUGCAGAGAAAAGUACAAAAAUGCAAUUCUGCCAAACGGAGAGAAUUUCUUAACUUCUCUCUUCGAGUAAUCACUGAUAUUAAUCAAAUACGAGAAAAAUAAUCGCAUCGAAAUUAAUCGAAUUUUAGUGAGAUCCAAAAUAAGGUUUCAAACGAAAAAAAUAAAUAAAUUAACUGUCCCACAACACAACCCACCUCUGCCAACAUUAAAAGUGUAGCUUGUUACGUGAAAAAAUAACCUAGCUUACCAAUAAAAUUAAUCGAA